UGCAGGUAUCAGUGACCAGAGUCUCAGUCCAUCAGUCUCAUACGGAGGCAGAGCUGAAGUGUCUCAGCAGUUGUAGUCCAGACGGUUCUCUUUCCUACGUCUGGUUCAAAAAUGGAAAUAAAGUCAUGACUGAGGACAUUUCUUAUAAAGACCGGUUUAAUCCUGGAGACGUCAUCUCUUGUGCUUUGAAAGGACAUGAGGACUACGGCUCUCCUUCAGUGUAUGUUCUGAAAGUGCCCUCUGUGUCAGUGAGUCCCUCUGCUGAAAUCAUGGAGGGAAGUUCAGUGACUCUGACCUGCAGCAGUGAUGCAGACCCAGCAGCUAACUACACCUGGAACAAGAACCAAACUCUGGUGAACAAACAGCAGCAGCUUGUCUUCAGAUCCAUCCAGGCCUCAGACUCUGGAAAUUAUUCCUGUACAGCAGAGAACCAGCUGGGCAAGAGGACAUCUGAAAACACAUUUAUUAAUGUGGAAUAUGCUCCAAAGCUUCCCUCUCUGUCAGUGAAUCCUUAUGCUGAGAUAAUGGAGGGAAGUUCAGUGACUCUGACCUGCAGCAGUGAUGCUAACCCAGCAGCUAACUACACCUGGUACAAGGAGAACCAAGCACUGAUUAAAGGACCAGAACGUAUUUAUCGUUUCACCUCCAUCCGCUCUGAGGACAGAGGGAUCUACUACUGCAAGGCUGAAAACAAACAUGGACAGAUCAGCUCAACAUCUCUGCUCUUAGAUGUUCAAUAUGCUCCAAAACUUUCCUCUGUGUCAGUGAGUCCCUCUGUUGAGAUAAUGGAGGGAAGUUCAGUGAAUCUGACCUGCAGCAGUGAUGCUAACCCAGCAGCUAACUACACCUGGUACAAGGGGAAUGAAGACUCACCAAUAGCAUCAGGACAGACCUUCACCAUCACUGGCGUUAGAGCUGAACACAGUGGUAAUUAUUACUGUGAAGCUCAGAACACCAGAGGACGUCAUAAGUCCACCUUAUAUCUGACUGUAUCAGCCGGACUAAAUGACAUUUAA